AUGGAAACUGGGAGGCUGCUCUCGGAACCCGCAACCCCUCCCAGCGGUGGGCACACCAAGCACGUUAUUCUGUCGAGCUGGCUCGGCGACAGCCCGGGAGCUGCUCGCGCUGCGACCCCGCGCCCGCGCGCCUGGCAGCCAAGCCGAGUCCACGGCCCCCGCACGGGGCUGUCCGGCUGUCCGGGCCGCUUGGGCCAAGGGUCGCAGCAGUGGCUCCCGGGUUGCGCUGCUAGGGGCUUCCUCGCUCCUUCCUGCCCCAUAAGAACCGGGCCUGGCGCGAGGAGGGCCGCCUGGGGGCGGCGGAGCGCGUCCCAGGGCCGCGGGGAGAGCGCCACGGACACUUGUUUGCAAGAAUCAGCCCGGCGCGCGCGCAGCGCUCCGAUCGGGUCCGCCUCCUGCCGGCCCGGUAGGCGGCGGCCCAGGCGUCGCCCUUCUGGCUCCUCCUCCCGCUCCUCCUUCUCGCGGCGAAGCCCCGCACGGGGCUCGACGCGGUCCGGACCCCAGUUCCCUCCGAGCCGCCCUCGCUCUGCUCCAGCAAAGGCGCAGUGCUCCCUCUGGCAUCGCCAGAGGAUGGCUCGGCCCCGCCGCAGCGAGGGCUCCCUGCUUCUCCCUCGGGCUUAUUCCCCGCAGCAGCUGCCGCCUCGAGACACACUCACGCGCACACACACAGACUCGCACACCCAUUCUUGCAACUCCGGGGACCUGGGGAUCCCGCACAGAGAGGUGACCCUCCUUGGCCAGUCCCAGCCCUUCCCCUUCCUCCCCCAGCGGGGCACGUGGUCGAGUUGUGGGGGGUUACUGCUGCCCAAGAAUGGGGUGACGCCCUGGCCACCGUAUGGGGAGGGACUACCCCAGACAGGCCGAACUCUGGGAUGGGGUCUGCGAACUGGGGUCUCGGGCCAGGUUUCCAAGAUUCCCACGGGGAGAGCUAAGCGGUCUGGGUAGCUUCCGGCCCCGGCCUCUGCCUCCCGCGGAAGGACAAACCCGGUCGCUUCUUUUGCGUGGGUUGCUGCCUCCCGGGCCCUUUCUCACUUCUCCGACAAGGGCGCUCACAAUUUGCUCGCUUUAUUUCUCUCCUUCCCCCUCGAGCCCCAACGGCCGCAGAGGUAUUACCCCUGCGUUCUUGCCCAGCUCUGCCCCACAGUUCUGGCCGAUCGGCUUCUGCGCUCGCACCCUCCCUGGCUUUGCCAAGAGGUCUGAGCCCUCCGCAGGUCGGCACAGCCCGUGGGAAGCGGAAAACGAAGGCAGCCAGCACAGUUGCUCGGUUUUCCGAGCCGCACUUUCCUACCACGGCCCACUGGGAUGUGUAGUUCCUCCUCUCGCCAUCUGGCUGCGAGAGGAAACAGGACUUGGGAACCAAAAAACUACAAAUCCCUGCAUCCCCCGCGACGAGGGUGGGCGCUACACGGUGCCGGGCAAUUCUGGUGCACGGGAGUGGGAGGUGGGAGCUAACAAAGGGAGCUGUGGAAAAGGGUUCUGCCCCCUCCGUGCUGGCACUUCACACAUGACGCACGUUCUUUAACGAAUUUGCACUACAACCCUGCGAGAGUCUCCGUUGUUUCCAGCUUCGAGGGCGGCCGACUGCUUGCCAGCGAUCACAAAGCGCUCCUGUGGUAGAGUAACCUUAUUGAGUUGGAUGUUGUCGGUAUGUUGGCUGUCUUCCACAUGGUAUAACGUGGAUUGGUCUCAAUGUCUGGACAUGGUCGUUAUCAAUUUCAACUGGUCUGCCUGACUGUGGAGCAUUGUCCAGAGAGAAAUCUCCAGCACGAACCUUCGCAAACCACUUUUGACACGUUCCAUCAGUCAGAUGGAGAGCACCUUCUCUAUACACAGCACAAAUCUUGUUUUGUGUUUCUGCUGCGUUUUUACCUUUCUUGAAAUAAUAAAG